ACAGAAUAUUCCGAAGAGAAGAGGGUUGUUCAGUAUCGUCUCGACGUCGGUCGGGAACGAAGCUGGGUAUGUUUUUUUCGUACACAUUGUACAGUUACAGUUGCACGUUGUCUAACAGACGGUUCGUUAUAUCAGAAUCCGAAGCUGCUUCUACCCGUAUCCUGAGUUUGAUCAAGACAAGUUGAACGGACUUACGGCAUGGCUGAUCACGAAAGAAUCAGAGUGGUGGUACUGGGUGGUGCUGGUGUUGGAAAAAGCGCGAUUAUACGUUGUUUACUCGGGCAAGGAUUUAGUGAAAGAUACAGGCCCACCGUUGAAGAUCUUUAUUCGAGGGAAUGUGUUCUUGGUACACUCACCCUGAAAGUCGAUCUAUUGGAUACAGCUGGCGAUUUACAAUUCCCAGCUAUGAGAAGGCUGAGCAUAGCUACGGCACACGCGUUCCUUCUCGUUUAUGCAACUACAUCGCUACCAAGCUUCGAGUGCGUGAAACGAUGUUUCGAAGAAGUCAGGGAACAACGGCCAGAUUUUCAGGAAGUGCCAAUAGUCGUUGCCGGAAACAAAUUGGAUCUUGCCCCGACGCGAAGAGAAGUACCGAUUGAAGAUGUGAGCGAAUGGGUGUUUUGCGAAUUGCCGAAGCUUCGUGCCAAAGUGAUGGAGUGUUCUGCUAAGGAUGAUUACAAUAUUAAAGAAAUAUUUCGAUGUUUCAUCACUCUGUCCAGAAUCGUACCGAAAAAUCAUACCGGCGAUUCGGACGAGUCAGGCCUUCGACGAAGAUCUUCGGCCUACGGAUCGCGCAGAAGCGAUCGAAUCGGUAGGUCUGGCAGUCCGCACGGUAGAACCGGAAGCGCUGGCCCUGGUGGCCAUUCUCAGCAAGUGGUCGCAGCACAAAGUUCAACCGUCAGUGAAGAUACGAAGAGCAAACCACGCAGCCGUAGUUUGAUUCGACGUACUUCACGAAAAACUAAACAACAAAUCAGAGACACAUACACAGACGACUGCAAUAUUUCGUAAUUUACAUUUUCCUUCCCUUUGCAUCUCGCUAUUUCCCUCUCUCUUUUUCUCGCCCACAUUUCUUGCACGUAACCGUUCAAUCCUCUGUCGGUGUCUCACUAAACGGAACGAUACGAUAGAACUCAAUUUAUCCCAAUAUUGGACAACUUUCGGGAUAGAACAGAGAACGUGUGAAAAGUCGAUUUUCUGAUUGCGGAUGAAGACGAGGAUCUCUGUCGCACGAUGCGGGGGGAGAACAGGAUUCGAGCAUCAUACAUAUGUAUAUUUCGUUAUGCUGCUGUGUAACUUCAAGGACUCCAACGCGACCUCUCCGUUGAAUUGAUUUAGCCGAGCCAAUCGCAACAAAACGGUUCACUUGGCUGAGAAUACUUAAGUAGUUCAAGCAACAAAAAUUUGCUACUGCUUAUCGGCAAUGCUUAAAUCAUGGACUUAAAUUCAGGAUAAAAAAUGAAUUUAGCAUAAUCGGUGCACUAUACAUAUUUGGCUUGCUAUAUUGAUUUGGAAUAAAUAGAGUUCUGUUGUAAAAUAUAAUGUAAAUCAUGUUUGUUCGGCUAUUUUCCGAAUGAUCUCAAUUCUCUCGACAGCACUUCGCGAGAGAGUUGAAAACUUCUUGGACACGUUAGUGCAAGAAAUGAACAGAUUAAAUUUGACUCGAUACAUGAAAGUAUUACGAAUCGUGAUAUAAUAUCGUAAUACAAUUAACCCGUAUGCGGUAGUUCGUUGUAUGUACGACAACAAUAUAAAAGUCCAAGCGUUGACGAAAGAUUUUACCAGUUUCAACCAUGUAUGUUAACUAUAAACAAAGGACCAAACCAUUUCUAUAGUUUUGAUAAGAUAUUUUCGAAACGUGUUUAAUGUUCUUUCUUUUUUCCGAUUUUUGCACCACAUUCUUUAAACAAGAUGGACCAACCCCUUAACUCGUUUACUCUCUUUUCCGAUCCCCGCUGUACCAUUCUAAUUGUGUCUCACUUUUCUUUUCUUUCUCUAUAUUUUCAUUCUAUCCGUCCGUUUGUACGUUAAAUAUUUAUUAUUAAAAUAAUUAGAUAUGAUUCGAUUAUCUAAAAUUGUAAGUAUCAUAUGAUUGCGCGUGUGUGGAGCGUGUGAGUGUACCAAAUGUCCUUUGUAAUUUUAAACGCGCGUAUAUCUGGUGAAAAUAAUUCACUGUAUAUUAGAAAUCGAAAGUCGAUCGUUGUAUGGCACGAGUAUCACUGAGGAAACCGUGAGAAAAGAUAUUUGCCCUAAUAGCUACGAGCACGAUCGUAUUGAGAGUAUAUUUUUUACUCUCUUAUAAAUGUUAUGAGAACUUUUCUCCGUUUUCGAUUUGGAUAUAUACAUAUAUAAAUUUAAUCAUACAUAUCGUGCACAAACGUAUCAAAAUGAAUCAUUGCAUACUUAUUUUAUCAUAAAUCGUAUUUCACAUUGACAUAUCAUAAGUAACACGUAUUGUAUUAAGUGCAUCAAAACUAAAAAGUACUGCAAUAUGAUGCAUUUCACUCUUCAACGACGAUAUUCAGAUCAUUUUUUAUCUAUAUCGAAGUUUCAUUUCAUUCGAAACAAUCCAAUCAAAAAGGUUUUUGAGAUACCAUUUUGUCCGAUGACAUAUAUGUAAUUUACCUAUGCUUAUAUCUUGCAAAUACAUACGAAGAAUCAAAUUUACUAUUGCGUUGAGUAUUAGAUCAAAAGCAAUCCAGGAAUCGUUGGACGAGAGUUAAAAAGAAUUGUAUUAGUCGCACAAAACGCUGUAAAGUAUUGCAUAUGUAUUAUAAAUAUAAAUGAAAAAAAAAA